GAUGCCAGGAUGCUAGCAGCGGUCCCACUUUCAGCUAGUGCGGAGCGCAUGAUUUCUUGUGUUGAUACUGCGAAGCCCUCCAUCUGAAACUCUCUGGGCACAGGAGGGGUGUAUAUACUGGCGCUCACGCUCACCGACCUCUGCGCCUCUAUUCCUGUCCUGCCAGCUGUUCACCGCUACUAUCAUUGUCCCCCGGUUAUCGUCUGAUCCGUCUCAUUAUGGUUUCCUUCUCGUGCGAAAACUGCGGCGAUGUCCUCACCAAAAAGAAGCUGGACCCGCACAGGAACCAGUGCUACGGCGCAUCCUACACCUGCCUCGACUGCAUGGUCCACUUCCCGGGCACCAGCUACAGAACUCAUACGGCCUGCAUAACCGAAGACCAGAAGUACCAGGGCAAGCUGUACAAGGAGAAGAAACCCAAGGGCCAGCAGCAGAGGAACAACGCGCAGGCCCUCACUCCACGCAAUGCCCAUGUCCAAGGCGCAACCGAGGCAGACAACGCCGUUGCGCUCGUCGAUGCGCCCCCUCGCGCCCCCACCCCGCCGCCUGCCGCCCACUCGCUUGGGUACCACGAGCAAGCUGCUCUGCCGUCCGUCAAUGUUUUCGACUUCCUCGACAACUCCGAGACACCAAGCGCCCGUCGAACAGAGUCCCGCAUGAUCGAAGACAGCGCCCCGCCUGCCUACACAGAGACGCCCAUGCCUGCAAUUGCAGACGUCAUGUCCUUCCAGCUGCCAGAUGACGCAUCUUUCGUCCAGACUGGCUUCGCAUACGGCGACAAGCCAGUCCAUCCCUCAAACGAGCGAUUCGAUUCAUAUACCACACCUGCUCCGAAAUCCAGGAAGUCGAAGAAGGACAAGGACGUCGAGACGAGCUCCAAGAAGAGCGAACGCAAGCGAAAGCGAUCACCUGCCGAGCUCGACUUGUCGGCCGUACGAGCUCAGGAAGAGAAGGACACCAUGAUGGAGGAUGCGCCUCCCAUGCUUCACUCUGGCCUCACCGGCGGACUCAACAGGCUGCUCGCCCGACCCGAGUUCCCACCUUCGCCUGAUGAUUCCGGAGACUUCGCCAACUCCCCACUGAGCCCCAUGAAGCGCGCCAAGCAAGGCACUUCGAAGGCGCUGAUGCGCGCGCAGCGAGACUGGGAGAUCCAGCAGCAGAAGGAGAAGAAGGUGGAGAUCAAGGAAGAGAGGGAGCGCCAGAAGGGAGAGAAGAAAGAGAAGAAGGAGAAGAAGGAGAAAGAGAGGGGUCGUGAGAAGGAGCGCAAGGAGCGCAAAGCCAGCACAGCACUCGUCAAGAUCAGACCUAAGAAGAAGACGGACGGAUCGCCUCAGAUCAGGCGUCGCCGCCAGUACUCUUCGUCAGUGUCACCGGCGCCACGAGAGCAUAAGCCAAAGGCUAUUGAGUACAGCCGAUCGUCCUCAAGCUCGCCAGCCCCGGAUGGCAACGGCCAGCUCGUGGUACGCCCCGAAGCCGGCGAGCUUGCUUUACCCAUCAGCACGCGAGCUGAGUUGUUCAUGUCCUUCAUCAACAAAGGUCCCGAAUCUGGGCGAGGCGUAAGCGUCAACAAAGCUCUGAAGAGGUAUCACCGCGAGCGUCACGAGCGACGGGAAGACGAUCUGCACAAGGCAGAUGAAGAGAAGGAGCUCUGGAAGGACAUCCGUCUCAAGCGAAACGACAGGGGCGAGAUCGUCCUUUUCUUCGCUCCCGAGUCGUCCUGACUAGACUUAGCUCUUGACUUCGUCCAGCAGAUGCGGGAUUGCAGCUGCUCCGAGCCGUCGCCGAGUCAAGAGUCGCAUGAUACCGACGACUACGUCAUGGUAGAGGGUGUCUGAACAGACCACUACCCUAUCACCGAUUUCUUUCCUUUCUUCUGGUAGAUACCCGACGCUCGUCAACACUGGUCUGG